ACAGCCAAUCAGGAGCCAGAUGUACGCUGGGGGCGUGCCCAACCGCCCCACGCUGCCAACCCCGCUUGAACCCGCGGGGUUUGCUUGCGCAAGCGCAGCGGGGAGGAGCCGAAGGGGACGCCGGGAGCAGAAAGCCAUGUUUCUGCCAGCAUCCCAUCCUUGUCACCUACUGUCAAGAAGAGAUUUUACCCAGCUUGGAAGCCAGCACCUCAGCACCUCAGCCUGUCAUGGUUUCCUGGAUGCUGGCAGAAGACAUGGGACUUGUGGUUCUGAGACAAAGGACUGUGUGUCAGCACAGCCAGCAGCAUGAGCUCCCCGUCUGUGCCGUUGCCUUUUGCCCCAUGAGUCCACAGCUGUGGAACCCUGAAUUUAGUUCUCCUUGUGCACACAUGUGAGAGAUUCCCAAGAGUACCUACAUAUGAAUGACAUUGCUGGCUUGAAAGGCCAAAUGAGACUGGUGGUGUAGCACACCAGAGCGGUAACGGUGCAGCCCCACUUCUCCACGUACACCCACACUCCUGAGUCGGUCGGUGUUCAUCUUCUGUACCUUGUCAGCUUUCUGCCUGUCAGAACAUCAGUGACUGUGGUUAAGCUGUCCAGGAUCACAGUGGGAAUUUCUGCACAUGGCUUCCGAAGAUGUGACCAUUACAGUUCGCCUCAUUCGUUCAUUUGAGCAUCGCAAUUUCAGACCUGUAGUAUAUCAUGGAGUUCAUUUGGACCAAACUGUAAAGGAUUUUAUAGUAUUUCUAAAGCAAGAUAUCCCUUUGAGGACCAGCCUUCCACCACCAUUCAGAAAUUAUAAAUAUGAUAAACUGAAGAUUGUUCAUCAAGCACAUAAAUCAAAGACAAAUGAACUUGUGUUGAGUUUGGAAGAUGAUGACAGACUCCUGUUAAAAGAAGAUAGCACCCUGAAAGCAGCUGGAAUCGCCAGUGAAACUGAAAUUGCAUUCUUCUGUGAAGAAGACUAUAAGAACUACAAAGCUAAUCCCAUUUCAUCCUGGUGAAAACCUCACAGAGCUUCCUUUUUUGCAUACUUGUAUUAAGCUCUUUAUUCCACUAGUGAGUUUCUGAAAUUGACAAAUAAACUUAAAAAAAUUAAUCCCAGCCUCUGCCGUUUGAGGUAAAA